UGUGUGUGUGUGAGAGAGAGAGAGAGAGAGAGAGAGAGAGUGUGUGUGGAGACAAGCGAAGAGCAGGGUGAAAAAACUUUACUCUGAAACACGACAGCACAGCGCAGUGUGUUCCUGUCUGUGAACGCAGCUCUGACUGGAUUAUGCGCCUCGGCGGAAGAAGGGAAAAUCCUCCUUUCUGAACACAGCUUGUGUUUGUGCAUUUCAGCGCUUCAGGACAGAGCGAGUGUCCGGAUAUCAGCCCGCUGUUUUGGGAACAUUUUCUCUCUGCAUCUGUUGGGAUUUUUUCCCUGCUCUUCCUCUCGCUUGUCUCGCCAUAACUUAAACUCGCCGAUUAAUUCGUCUUUCUAAAUCCCGCAGCCACAACAAGAACAUGGAGACCCAGAGAUAACAAGGAUGAAAUCUUCGCUUGCUGAGAGAAUUUGAGCUCUGUGCUCGAGUUCAACAGGGCCACUUCCUGAUGAUGACAGUAAACAUGGAUGACGGUCUCCAAAAUGGACCGGGACAGCACAGGAACUCUCAAGAUGACGAGGAGGCGCUUAACUCCAUAAUGAAGGACCUGGCAGCCCUGGGUCGCUGCUACACCCAGCACAACAGCCACAAGCCCAAGAACAGAACCUUACUCUACAAACAGGAUUUAAGAGUCAAGCUGGAGCAUGAGAGAGAAAAACGAAUCAUCCCAUUCCAGAGGCCGCUGAAGAUCAAGGAGCUACUGCAGAAAGUGACUGAGGCCUUUGGCCAGCAGAUGGACAUGUUCUUCAUGGAGAAAGAGCUGAUGCUGCCCCUGAAGACGCAGGAAGAUCUGGAUCAGGCGGUGCUGACAUUGAGCUGCAGCUCGGGAGCCAAUGGGUUGCUCAGGAUUCUGCUCAAGACCCCCAAGAACAACCAUUACCUACAGGUGAACAGCAGGGACAAACAGAGCGAGAUGAGGUCAUCACGGUCACUGGGAGAUCUGAAGGGCUCCCUCCUCAAGGGCUCGGAGAGGGUGCGCAAACACUCUACAGGUUCCCUGCACACAGGUCGGACGUCCCCGCCUCCCGGCAGCGUCCCCGAGGAGCAGCAGCAGAUUGCCCGCCAGGGCUCUUACACCAGCAUCCACAGUGAAGGGGAGUUCAUCCCGGAGACCCACGACCAGAAUAUGCUGGAUCCCUUUGGGAGUGCAGACAACUCACUGUCGAGCAGCUGUCAAUCAAUAGAUCAAGCACUGGACAGUCCUCCUUUUUCCCAGAACAACCGUGACAAUAAUUACCUGAACCUCAACUAUGAAUACAAAGGUCGCCAUGGGAAAGGGGGGACUUUCCCUCGCCAGUUCCAGUUGCCCAAUCGCAGCAAGGAUUAUGGAGACCGUCGUAGGACACUUCCGCGCAGCUUCAUGCCACAGGAGAACCUGUUUCAGCUGGUUCCUUCCAGUCGCACACGCAGUUAUAACGGAGACAGCACGCUGCAGUACAGCGACCUGCGCUCACUGGGCCGCACCGCCGACAAAAGCUGCCAGCGUGGAACAUCCAAGUCCCCUCGGGCGCCAGUCAACUGGCGACAAGGAAAGCUUUUGGGGCGCGGCGCGUUCGGAGAGGUCUACCUCUGUUAUGAUGCCGACACCGGCCGCGAGUUGGCUGCCAAACAGGUGCCCUUUGAUCCCGACUGUAAAGAAACCAGCAAGGAGGUGAAUGCUUUGGAGUGUGAGAUUCAGCUGCUGAAGAACCUGCGUCAUGAGCGGAUUGUUCAGUACUACGGUUGUCUCCGGGAUCUCGAACAGAAGAAACUAACCAUUUUUGUCGAGUUCAUGCCCGGGGGCUCAAUAAAGGACCAGCUGAAAGCCUACGGUGCCCUGACAGAGAAGGUGACGAGGAGAUACACCAGACAGAUCCUCCAAGGAGUUUCCUACCUGCACAGCAACAUGAUUGUACACAGAGACAUCAAAGGUGCUAACAUCCUGAGAGACUCAUCGGGGAACGUGAAGCUGGGAGACUUUGGAGCCAGCAAACGUAUCCAGACCAUCUGCAUGUCUGGUACAGGAAUCAAGUCUGUCACUGGCACCCCCUACUGGAUGAGUCCGGAAGUCAUCAAUGGGGAGGGCUAUGGCCGCAAAGCUGAUGUAUGGAGUGUUGCCUGCACUGUUGUGGAAAUGUUAACCCAGAAACCUCCGUGGGCUGAGUAUGAGGCCAUGGCAGCCAUUUUUAAAAUUGCCACUCAGCCUACGAAGCCCAUGCUCCCCGAGGGCGUGUCCGACGCAUGCAGGGACUUCCUGCGGCAGGUGUUUGUGGAGGAGAAGUGGCGGCCCACUGCAGACGUUCUGCUCAGCCACCCGUUCGUCCAGGGCAGCUUCUGAGGUGCGUGGAUCUCCUCCCCUCCCCUGCCUGCGAGGCCUUCACGGCCCCGACGCCUCCUCUCCUCUCCGGCCCGCCCCGUCCCCUGGACUCCCACCAUCCUACUGUUACCAGGACCCAGGGCUCAGUAUCACUCCAGCUUCCUGCCCUGCUAUCUUUCACCAGUGUCUGCCUGGUCAGGACCACCACAUCUCUCGCCAACUAGCUCAACCUGGAUUUUUCACAGAGAGGCCAGGUUGAUUGCAUCAGACCUCCAGAGUACUCCGAGGCACAGAAGUGUCAUUCCCCCAGGAGGGGAGCAAUGAGACAGCACUUUGCAGCCUCACAAGCUACAGACUGCUGUCCUCUAACAAGAGCAGGAAGUGGCCCAAGUUAGAGAGCAGGGAUGUCUCAAGCCUUUCUGGGUCUUUGUACUCACUUACUGCUGCAGAACAGUGUCUAGGUUUGGACGUCAUCAUGACUGACCGCUGACAUUGAUCACAUGUGACAGUACUCUAAGUUACUCAUCAGCUUAAGUUAGCUGUGAGGGAAAUUAAGAUGGUAAAAUAUUUUUAUAUGACAGACAAUAACGCAUACAGAGUCAUCUUAGCAAAUGAGUUUUCUACUGUCAGCUAAAAAACGUUUAAAUGUAUUUUUGUCAACGCCUUACAAUCAGAAUUUGUAAGCAAGAAUGUCUUUUUUUUAAAGCAUCUUAGAGGGUUGCACUACCCUACUUUCAUAGCACUCACAAGCCCAUUUAGAAGGAUUGUCAACAUUGCACUUUUGAUAUCAUGCAUUGAAAUAUUUCCAACAUGCAAGAUAAUCAACUGAGGAGAUAUUUUUUCUAUGUGAAGCCUUUUUUAUAUACAAUUUCAUAUUGAGAAUUGUGUGGAUUGUUCCAGAUGAAAAGAAAAAAAAAUACAAACUUUUACAUUAGUGUGCAAUGACUUUUAAGCAAUACCAACACCUCUGUUGGCGUCUGUGACAUCCAUUCCAGCUUCCCAUGCAGUGAGCCUUGGGUCCACAGGAAGAAAAAAAAAAACAAAGUGGCCAAAGAAAAGUUUCAGUGAAAGAAACUUUCGACGAUGUUAGACUAAAGUUAAUGUGCAGUAUUAGUCAUGUUGGAUUGUUUUGUCACCUCAGAGCCCUGUAGCCUUUCCUAUGUUAUGGCAGCUUUGUGCACAGUAAACUGCACAGACCAAAUCAGAUGCAUUGACGUCACAUCGUGUUAGUAUGAAAAACAUGAAUUGAAUGAAUUAGACUGAAGCAAGAGUCUCAUUUAUGGUUUUGUUCUAUGAAUCUUGUCACCCCAUGCCUUUGCAUUGCUUCCCACACUUUAUGAAUGGAUGACUUAGUGACCACUUGGCAGCACACCUCACUCUGUGUAACGUCAUGUGACAUGUCGCCAAAAAAGGGGUCCAGUUGGGACGACGGAGCUGAACGCUGUAUUCUUUAAAGUAAUGAGAUGAUACUUUAACGGAGGAGAUCGACAUUGGGGUGUGGUGGCUAGCUGUGAUGCAGUGGCACUUAAGGAAUGAUCAAAUCUUUUUCGACCCUUGUUAGUGCCUUAUCUGGAUCUUCUUGUAAACACAAAUGUUCACUGCCAAAGCCGAAAGCUUCUUAAUUAGGUGAGCAGCUGUUCAGUAAGAGAGCACACACAGGAUUUGCUUUAUUUACUUUUUAAGUUUUUUUAUACUGCAAAAAUAUACUGUAAAUAUAUAUUGUUCUGCACUUUUUUUUUUAAGAAAUUUCUUUACAUUAUAUACAAAUCUAUUUGAUGAAAUAGCUACGGUAUAUAGUAGAUUGUACUGUGAUUUAGACAGGACUAUGUAUGAUUGUCUCUUUGAGAGCUGUAGGCAGUAUGAAAAGGCUGGGAGGCUUUCGAUUGGGACAUAGUUUGUUUUGUCUUAAUGACAAAGCCUUGAAACAUGAAAUGUAUCAAGUCAUUGAUCUUUUGUACAUUUAACUUAAUAAAUCCAAGGUCUAAGACUA